AUGGGUUUCCAUGGCCGAGCAUCCGCACUCAAGCCAAAGAUCACCAUGCGCAAUGCCAAGCUUCGGCUGGAGUGGUUUGGUGAACUCUACAUUCUGAUCCUCUGGCUUCAAUUAGCGCCUCCGAUAGAGGGUCGAGUGGAGGGCUGCCCAGCGCCAUGCAUAUGCCACAGCGAGCCACGGCCCACCCUGGCCUGCCAGCAGCAGGGCCUCUACUCCAUUCCCACAGAGAUCCCUGUCCACAGCCAACGAAUUUUCCUCCAGAACAACAAGCUAACUGUGGUGCGCUCCACCAGCUUCAGCCCCUGCAGGAACCUCACCGUCCUCUGGCUCUACUCCAACAACAUCAGCCACAUUGAGGCCGGGGCCUUUUACGGCCUGGAGAGGCUGGAGGAGCUGGACAUAGGGGACAAUGAUUUAAGGAUCAUCAGCCCCACAGCUUUCAGAGGCCUCUCCAGACUGCACACCCUGCAUCUGCACAGGUGUGGCUUGUCUGAGCUGCCUGUGGGUGUGUUUAGGGGACUCUUUUCCCUGCAGCACCUCUAUCUCCAGGACAACAGUUUACUAACUCUGCAUGACGAUACGUUUCUGGACCUGGCUAACCUGACCUACCUGUUCCUCCACAACAACAAGAUAAAGACUGUGACGGAUCACAUGCUGCGCGGCUUGGUAAGCCUGGAUCGCUUGCUUCUCCAUCAGAAUCUAGUGACCUUUGUCCAGCGCAAGGCAUUUCAUGACCUGCGCAAGCUGACCACUUUGUUUCUGUUCUUCAAUAAUUUAACAGUGUUGACAGGGGAGACCAUGGACCCAUUGGUGUCCCUCCAGUACCUGCGUCUGAAUGGGAACCAGUGGAUCUGUGACUGCCGGGCCAGGACCCUGUGGGACUGGUUCAAGGGCUUCAAAGGGUCUAGCUCAGAGCUUGAGUGCCAUGUUCCAGCUAGACUGGCUGGGAAAGACCUGAAACGGUUAAAGAGCCCUGACCUGGAGGGUUGUUAUGAGAGCUCUCAACAUACUUGGGUUAGUGUGUUCAGUUCUAAGGCUCGCUCUGGAAAACUCACCACGGAGAGUCCACUUAGGGCUGGUAUUCCUAGGUGCUGCCUCUCAGACAACGACAAGUCGUCCAUCAUCUCCAGUAAGGGUCUUCCAGAUCAGUCUUCCUACAACAGCAGACAAAUCACCAACGAUCCUCUGAAGGAGAAGGAAAACAUCUCCAAAACGAAGCUGUUGGAAGCUGACCCCAACGAACCCCAGAACAAAGAGAGCCUGAACGAUGGGCCAGGAGGAACAUUAUCUAACAAUCUGGACCAUUCAUCAGAGGAUCUAGAUCCCUCCAAUGACCCUGAAAAAAAGAACAUGUGUACUAAGGAGAACAUGUCAGACUCUCUGUGUCUCAAGUCCCACGGAUCUACAAUCGGAGCAUGGAGGCUUAUCAUUCUUCUUUUGUUUUGGCUAUCCUUAGACUUCAGUUAGGAUUUACAAUCACAGAGGGAUAAUAUGGGCCAGUGUAAGGCCAGUACAGGAGGCCCUGCUAAGUACCAGGGGUGGGAAGGGGGAAAUCUUUCAUAGAUCUAAAGAUAUGAAUCUGAAAAGAGAAAUGGAAGCGCUAAAAAAACACACAUCAACAAAUGGAUGCCUUUCUACAGUAUGUCAAUUCCAAAUGUAUAUAUUUCAUGGAUUUGUGCCCAGUUGAUACUGUAUGUUUUGCUCAGCUAUGAAAAUGACUCAUUCUGGGAGGUCCUAUCGUCUCUAAGCUUACUCUGCCAAUGGUGGUGACUGGUUAUUACAAAGACAAUGAAACAGUGCUACUGUUUCAAAUCCAGAACCUUUCGAGGUUUCCUUCAUAACAACCCCAAAGAUGUGACAGAUCUUACUCCGUGUAUUUUUGUUAAUGAUGAUUUUUAUGUUCAUAAGUGUAAACGUACAAAUGCUUUGCUGUCUCGAUUCAAUCCGUUUCGCCGAAGUUCAGCCUUAGCCAGAUUGAGCUGACAUAUGCAGCGUUUACCGUGAAUGCAGUCUCCUCGAACGUAGGAACAUUGCCUUUACGUUUCAAACAGGUUGUCAUGCUGACAUUCAGCACUACAGAUUGAACCGAGACCAUGAUAUUUCUGCGUUUUGUUUUCUUGUCACGCUGUGGUUACAGUUAGCAUUCUCAAAAGAGUGCUGUCUAUUCAUUCACUCUU